GGUGGCUCAAAAUAAUUUUCUAGCUCUGCCAUUACGUCAGUAACUCGAGUUGAUUAGUCAAGAAGUAAAGGUUGUUCAUUAAUACUCUUCGAAAAUAUUAUUUUUGAUCCAUAAUAUUUUACCUUUCACGAUGUCGAACAUGGAAAAGCAUUUGUUUAACCUGAAAUUUGCUGCCAAGAAUUUGGAGAGGUCAGCAAAGAAAAGUGAAAAAUCCGAAAAAGAAGAAAAACUAAAGUUAAAAAAAGCAAUUCAGAAAGGGAACUCUGAAGGUGCAAAAAUUCAUGCUGAGAAUGCUAUCAGAGAGAAAAAUCAAGCUUUGAACUACAGAAGAAUGAGUGCUCGGAUAGAUGCAGUUUCAGCUAGAGUACAAACAGCAAUAACAACCAAAAGGGUCACUCAGUCUAUGGGAGGUGUUGUGAAAUCUAUGGAAUCAGCUAUGAAAUCUAUGAAUUUGGAGAAGGUUGCUACAUUAAUGGAUCGAUUUGAGAAAGAAUUUGAAAACCUUGAUGUACAGUCUCAAGUAAUGGAAGGUACAAUGAGCAACACAUCAACUUUAACAGCACCACAAAAUGAAGUGGAUCAACUAAUGAUGCAGGUUGCAGAUGAAGCUGGAUUGGAAUUAAAUAUGAAUCUUCCCUCUGCCCGAGACUCUGCUCUCAGUUCUGCCACAGCUGCCACAAAUUCAACACAGGAACAGGAUGAACUUAGCCAACGGUUAGCUCGAUUGCGACAAAUGUGAAAUGGAUUUAUGUCGUCUCCUUAUAUUACGCCACAUUCAUUAUCAAUUUUAGCUAGUGAUAUUAACUACUUUUGAACAAUCUGAUCAAUCUCUUUUGCUCUUUCUGUUUAUUUUGUAAAAUUUUAUAAAUAUUCAUAAAUAUGACUGCAUCAUUGUACACAGACACACACAAACACACAAUAAAUAACAGUAAAAGAAAUUAUGAAUAACUUGUCACUAGUUUAAUUAUAUUUUUAAUUCAAUAUUUUAAAUCAGGAAUUCAGCAUGUAUUCAUGAUAAAUAAAGUUGAAAUUUGAUUAAAUAUGAUAAUCAAAAUUAUAUUAUGAACA